CUCGUCUGUCUACCUGAAAUCAUAUCAUUUGAAAUACAAAAAAAAUCAUAAAAUUUGCAAUUUUUAUUAUUGAGAAUCCGUUACACGAAGUUGCGGUAGGUAAAAUCCCCUGUUUCUUGCAGUGAACUCCUCUAUAUAUAUUGAUUAGGAGAGCUAGUGCAUGCAUAUUUAGUUUGCAUCAAGGUUUUAGCAAAAGAAAGAUGAGUACUCUUAUUGUGAAUCAUCCUUUGCCUGUCCCAAGGCGAUCCGAAAAUUACAGGGGAGAGCGUUUUAAUGCACGCGGGAAUGAGUUUCAAGGAAAUGUGGUGGCCAUGUUGAAGGAUGGUACUAGGCCUUUAGAGCAGCUGGAGGUGAUUGAUGAUUUGCAGAGGCUUGGAUUGGGAUAUCAUUUUGAGCAAGAAAUCAAGAGUGCCUUGAGGAAGGUAUAUGAGGAUCGGAGUUUUAAGGCGUUGGAAAGGAAGGAUUUGCAUGCUGCUGCUCUGAGAUUUAGACUUCUCAGACAACAUGGAUAUGAAAUUUCACAAGAUGUUUUUAAGUACUUCAUGAAGAAUGGAAGAUUCAAAGCUUGCUCUGCCAAAGAUGCCAGAGGAGUUUUGAGUUUGUAUGAAGCGUCCUACUUCUCCUCUGAAGGAGAGUCUAUAAUGGAGGCUGCAUGGAGCUUUGCAUCUAAAACCCUGAGAGAAAUUUUAGGUGAUAUAACUGAUCCGAAUCUUGGCAUUAAAGUGAGACAUGCCCUGGAACUUCCAUUGAAUUGGAGGAUGCCAAGAUUAGAGGCCAGAUGGUAUAUUGAUUUCUACGGAAGAAGCAGUAACAUGAAUCCUGCAUUGCUGGAGCUUGCUAAGGUAGACUACAACAUUGUGCAAGGCUCAUACCAAGAGGACCUUAAAGUUGCUUCAAGGUGGUGGAAGAACCUAGGUUUGUCCAGGAAACUGAGCUUCGCGAGAGAUAGGCUGGUGGAAUCCUUCAUAUGGAUGGUGGGAAUCAUUCCUCAACCAGAAUUCGGGUACUGCAGAAUAGAAUUAGCUAAAGCAAUUCAAAUGAUCUCAGUUAUAGAUGACAUAUAUGAUGUUUAUGGUACUGUGCCUGAACUUGAGCUCUUUACCGAUGCCAUUGAAAGGUGGGAUAUAAAUUCUAUACAAAUUCUACCAGACUACAUGAGGAUUUGCUUUCUUGCGCUUUACAACCUCGUCAAUGAGACAGUCUACCACAUUUACAGGGAACAGAAUGUCGAUGUUUUACCACACCUAAAAAAAGUGUGGAUUGAUCUGGUGAAAAGUUACUUGGUGGAGGCGCGGUGGUAUCACAGUGGAUAUACGCCAACACUGGAAGAAUACUUGGAGAACGGAAUAGUGUCAAUAAGACUACCUAGUGUUGCAAUUCAAUCUUACAUUUACUCUGCAAAUCCAAUCAAAAAGGAAGCAAUAGAUUUUUUGGAGGACAUGCCUAAUAUAAUUCGGUCAUUAGGAACACUCUGUCGAAUAGUUGAUGAUUAUGGAACUUCCUCGGAUGAGAUAGCGAGAGGAGACGUUCCCAAGUCAAUCCAGUGCCAUAUGUUCCAUAACGGAACUAGUGAAGAAGCUGCGCGAGCUGAAAUGAGGGCCUUAAUGAGGAAGAAAUGGAAAGAGAUAAUUGCUUGUCGAGUUCAGGACAUGCCAUUGUCAAGCCCUUUUGUUGAGAUUAUGUUAAAUAUUGCUAGAUCAGCUCAUUCCAUUUACUACGAUAGUGAUGGAUAUGCUGGUCAAGAUGGUAAAGGCAAGGAUAUGUUUCUUUCACUGAUUGUUCAGCCUGUUCCCCUGUAAGGCGAAGUCGAAAAAAUUAGCAAAAAAGACAAAGUUGGUAUUUCA